AAUGCGUGAGGAUGAAUGAUUACAUGGCAGAUAUGUACAUGUCUAUUUCAUCCUUGGAAGAUGGCCUUAAGUUUUUGGUUAAUGGUGAUUCUGAAAAUAAAAGUGGUGAAGGCUACAAUGCGAUGUUGUUAAUGAAGCAUAGAGGUGGCGACCUUCCCAGUGAUUUGGUAUAUCCAAACCUCUUGAUUUUGUUACUACAAUAUAUGGAUAUGAGUAAGAUGCCAUCAAAUAUUUUUACGAAUUUGAAUGCUCUAAGGGUCUUUGAUCUUAGUUUCACAAAUAUAUCGUUGCUACCUGUAUCACUCAGUCUCCUGACCAACCUUGAAACAUUGAAUUUAGAUUACUGCGAUCAGUUAACUGACAUAUCUGUACUCUGAAAUAUGAAGAAACUACAGAUUCUUAGCAUGAGAGAAGUUCCAGUUGAGGAGUUGCCAAAAGAAAUAGGAAAUUUAAAAGAUCUGAGGAUGUUGGACAUGAGCGGGAGCUACAAUAUUAGUGCAUUUCCAUUCAAACUUCUGUCAAGAUUGCAUAAGUUGGAAGAACUGCACAUGCAAUGUAAUUUUGGGGAAGAAAGGAGUAAAGCAGUGGUCAAGGAAGAAGAAGAUAAUGUCAGAUCUGAUGGAGAGCCUUGCUGGAGAAAUUUAGACAUUCUGGAGCUAUGCAUAUCAAAUUCAAAUUGCUUGCCUAAAUAUGUUGAGUUCAAUCUGUGUUGGGUAAAUUUUGAUAUAUGCAUCAGCAGAUACCUGCCAGCCAGAAAAUCCACUUUGGAUCAUGACAAACUACCUUAUUCAAGAGUCUUGUCUCUUGACACAACCAUCAAUAGCUUACCGGAUUGGUUUAUCAAUGUGGUCGUGCCAGACAUAGAGAAACUAGAGUUUAUAGAGUGUAAGGGCUUGAAUAACAUUCUUGUGGAAUAUGACCACGAGAGAUUUGUUGAACUGAAGUAUCUUGCUGUAACUGGGCGCCAUGAAAAUUUGGAAGCAUUGAUGAACACAAUAACAUGGGUUCCGAAACAACCUGUGUUCGAGAGUUUGGAAGAGUUGCAUCUCUGUGAGGUGGAUUGCCUAAAGGUGUUAUGUGUUGGUAAAUUGCCACCGGGGUCUCUCUGCAAUCUUAAAGUUUUGGUAGUUACGAGCUGCAUGAAACUGAAAAGUCUCUUCACCUGGGAUGUGGCUCAAUGUCUUUCACAAUGGGAGGACCUUUCAAUAAUUCAAUGCCCUAGCUUGGAGAGAGUAAUUGAAGCAAGCGACGAAACUUUGAAGAAGCAGAUUGCUUUUCCAGAAUUAAAGAACCUAAUUUUGUCUAAUCUUCCACAACUUGCGUGGUUCUACAGUUCUGGAAGUGCUAUUAUUGAGUGCCUUGCCUUGGAGCACUUGCAUGUGCAAGACUGUCCCCAGUUUUCAGCUUCAACUUCUGACUUCCACAGUUGGAACCAAGUCCGAAUUAAUGAUCUACGACAUUUGAGAUCAAACAACGACGAGAUGUCAGAGGUCACCUCUGGUCUGAACGAAGAGUUUGGAACAAGUCUGACGCCUGAGGACACGGUUGAGAACCUAUCGCCAAAUGCAAGACAACACAUUGAGAUUCUUAGAGAACUCCAACGUCAGUGUGAUGAAUUAGAGGCAAAGUUUUUACAAGAGAGAGCAGCACUUGAGGCCAAAUUUCAGCAAGUUGUAUCAACCUUUAUACAAUCAAGAGCUUAUGAAUCUGCCUAG